AGCUGCAUUGUGGGACGACAGCAAAUUCUGGCAGUCCACGGUAAGGUCAGCUCUCCACAUAGCCCAAGAUGUCUGUCGUCUGUUUCUCCUUGAGUCGUUGCGGUGUCACGGCACUUCGCCCUGUUGCUGGGAUCGUGGCUGUGCGCCAUGCCCAGACAGCGGCGGUCCCCAAACCCCAGCCACGCAUCAAGAAGUUUCAGAUCUACCGCUGGGACCCCGACACGGUCGGAGACAAGCCACGCAUGCAGACCUACGAGAUAGACCUCAACCAGUGUGGGCCCAUGGUGCUGGAUGCGCUGAUCAAAAUCAAGAACGAGAUGGACCCAACACUCACAUUCAGACGCUCCUGCAGAGAGGGUAUCUGCGGCUCGUGUGCGAUGAACAUCAACGGGGGCAACACGCUGGCCUGCCUCAACAAGAUCGACACCAACACCAGCAAGGUCAGCAAGAUCUACCCCCUGCCACACAUGUACGUCGUCAAGGACCUCGUGCCCGACAUGAGUAAUUUCUAUGCACAGUACAAGUCUAUUGAGCCCUUCCUGAAGAAGAAGGAUGAGAGUCGGGAGGGGAAGGAACAGUACCUGCAGACAGUGGAGGACCGACAGAAACUGGACGGUCUGUAUGAGUGCAUCCUGUGUGCCUGCUGCAGUACCAGUUGUCCCAGCUACUGGUGGAACGGAGACAAGUACCUUGGACCUGCCGUGCUCAUGCAGGCGUACCGCUGGAUGAUUGACUCUCGAGACGAGUUCACGGAGGAACGCCUCUCCAAACUGCAAGACCCCUUCUCUCUCUACCGCUGUCACACCAUCAUGAACUGCACCAAAACCUGCCCCAAGGGCCUGAACCCCGGCAAGGCCAUCGCUGAGAUCAAGAAGAUGAUGGCUACCUACAAGGAGAAGAAGAGCGCCACAGCAUGAGGAGGACCACCCCCCACCUGCACCCCUUAAUACCGCCCUUCCAACCCCCACCUGCACCCCUUAAUACCGCCCUUCCAACCCCCACCUGCACCCCUUAAUACCGCCCUUCCAACCCCCACCUUGGCCCCCACCUGCACCCCUUAAUACCCCACCCCCCACCUCCACCCCUCUCUACCGCUACUUCAAACACCUACCAUGGCCCCCACCUGCACCCCUUAAUUCGCCCUUCCAACCCCCACCUUGGCCCAUACCUGCACCCCUUAAUACUGCUCCUCAAACCCCCACCUUGGCCCAUACCCGCACCCCUUAAUACCACACUUCCACCCACCUCCUGCACCCCUCUCCUUAAUACUCCCCAUCCAAGCCCCACCUCGGCCCCCACCUCGGCCCCCACCUGCCCCCUUCCCCACUCACCUACGUAUCCCCUGGCAUUAAUCCCAUCAACCCCCCUUGACCCAACCGCCCCCCUCCCCUGCCCUAGACCCCUCCGUCACCUGACACAGUGUACAGCCAUCAUCACCCCCAGAGAUCCCCAAAGCAACGAGCCCCCCACCUCAGGGCUCUCGGAGAAACACUCCAGUACAAGUCAACCCCCACAUUUGAUAGGAUAUCGACCCCUUUUUAACGCACAAGGAUGGCCCUUUUGCGAGUGUGUGAGUGUGUAUGAGUGUGUCAGAGAGAUGGAGGGGGAGAGAUUGGUGAGAUGUGUGUGUGCGUGAGAGAGAGAGAAAACACAUGGAAGAAUGUGUUACUUGGUGUGUUGGUGCCUAAUAAAAAAGCAAGCCAUCAGGCUAAA